GUGAUUAGUUAUAUUGUUAUAUUGACAAAGUGACAGUGAAAAUGUGUAUGAUGAAUCAAACCAAAUCUAAGCUCGAGUCACUUAAAAAAAAAAGUGGAUCACGCUAUAACCUCUUUCAGACCAGUGGAUACUAGCGAGUAUCAGAAUUAUCACCAUGGAUACCCAAUAGAACUAUGGAACCAAAUGGAUGACCUUUAUUUUGUUCUAGCCAAUCACAGCCACACGAGGGGGCGUGGUCAGAAAACGAGUUUCUCUCUAUGCUGUCAGUCAAGAGACUGUUGCCAGUUCAACCGGUUAGUUUAGGCUAACUAGUUAGUUCGGCUACGUUAUAAGUUCAUGAGUGCACUGCAUAUUCAAUUCAAUUACAUUCAUUUCAAUUCAGUUAGCUUUACUGGCAUGAUUAUUACAGUACAGUAUUGUACUGAUCAAUAAUUUAAAAAAUAUAUCUCAAGGAAAUAUAUUUCAUAAUUUUACAACAAAAUCUUCUAGUAAAAUCUAAACAGAAAGGCGACGCUGUUCAGCCAUAUUGGUUGAAUUCCAAAUGGCUCCAUAUUGAAAAUAUAGUGCGCUACGUAGGGUGUCGAAGCCAUUGUUUUACACUCUGUGUAGUGCACUUUUAAAGGAGUUAUUUGGGAUUCAGCCAAUCAACGGACCGCCUACCGUGUGACGUGUGACGCACGGAUAGGCGUGAGUAGUUCGCCGUUUCCUCAACGCGGGAAGUUAAAAAUAUUCAAGUAAUAUUUUUAUUUAAAAAGGCUUACACUGCAUGUACAAAUAUAUGUAAACAAAUCUUAAGUUUCCACAGCAGUAGAAACACUGGUACCGACAUUAGCAUGACGACUAUCUUAGCAGGAGGAGCAAAUCAGCAUGGAAGCUAACUCUAACCAGCUAACCAGCUAACUGGGUUAUUAUUGUGCAAUGUGGCAGCCUGCUGCUAACAGUAAAGUGUGUUUAAUAAACCAUAUGUGAUAGCUGAAAGCACUAAUCUGCCAGCUAUAUGCACCAUAAUUCAGGACGUUAGUAAACACAGCUACACAUGGAACACUGUAAUGAGACAGAAGACAAAAAGCACACGGCCAGCAUGUGUUUUGGACAGUACCACUACACUGCUGAGGAGUACCAGGCUAUUCAGAAUGCUCUUCGACGGAUGCUCGGACCUGAGUACAUUAGUAGUCGGCAGGCAGGAGGAGGACAAAAGGUGUGUUACAUUGAGGGUCACAAGGUCAUCAGUCUGGCUAAUGAAAUGUUUGGCUACAAUGGCUGGUCUCACUCAAUUUCUCAACAAAACGUUGAUUUUGUGGACCUGAUUAAUGGGAAAUUUUACGUUGGAGUCAGUGCAUUUGUGAAAGUUCAAUUAAAGGAUGGCUCAUUCCAUGAAGAUGUGGGCUAUGGAGUGAGUGAGGGUCUCAAAUCCAAGGCGCUGUCUCUGGAGAAGGCGAGAAAAGAGGCUGUUACAGAUGGGCUGAAACGAGCACUGAAGUGCUUUGGAAAUGCUCUUGGAAACUGCAUCCUUAACAAGGAGUAUCUGAUAGCAGUCAACAAGAUUCCCAAGCAGCCUCCUUCACCUUUAGACCCACACAAGACGAAGCGCAGUGAUAACGAGCCGGCGGUGGAGAAGGCUCGCUACAACAGCCUGUCCCGUACUGACUCCAGGGCUUUCAGUAAUCCUGCUGAAGCAGUACUGAACUCUCCAUCAGUACAGGCUGGAAUCCAGCCAGUGCCUGCAGUGCCGCAGAACACCGUGAGCUCCAGGAACCCAAUCCCAAAUAUGACAUCACAUUCAGUCAACACUUCGGCUCAGCAGAACUGUGAAAACAGGUCCACUAACAUGUCCAGAUCAUCAACAGACAUGGCCGACUUGUCCUCCGUUGACCCUGCGCUGGACUCUAAGCAGCAGAGGAAGCUGAGGCAGCAGCAGCUGCAGCAGAAGUUCAGACAGGAGAUGGAGGCCAAGAAGAUGGAGCAGGGGAAAGUGAAACCAAAAACUGAACCCACAGCAUCUCACCCUAACACAGUUUUUGUAUGUGACGUGGAGAGUUGCCUUGUCUAUAGCAGUACUGUCUCCUCAGGCCAGGCUUUGGGUCCCAUUAACCACAGCACACCUUCUGGACAUGAAAUGCUGGUCAAGAAGGAGGAAAAUAUGACUGAUGACCCAGAGUUGUGGGACUUUACUCUGGAUGGCAUCGAUAUGCUUGAUGAUCCAAUGAGAGAAUCGUCAGGGCUGCCUCAUCAUGCUACACCAAGCAAACAUGCAAUGGCGACACGUAGUAGAACUCCUCAGAGAUCCACUUCACUGAGGUCACCACUUCAGACGCACGACCAUCAGGUCCAUCAGGGGCAAGGGGGACCCACAGACUAUAGACACAAUAAUUCAGCAGCCCAUAAUACAGCUAGAGGAACAGGUCUGCAGAGCCCUUACCGACAAGGACAGUACAUGAAGAAAAGGAAACUCGAGCCUUGAACUUAUUUGACAUUUUAUGUUUGUUGAAUUUAAUUUAUUAUGUUUUUUUUUUUAUUAUUUGUACAGAGUUGUUGUAGAAGUGUUAAUAAAAAUAUUUAACUUUGUUCAAGUGGUUACUGGAUGUAGAAAGCUCAUAUUAAAUAUAUAUAUACUGGAAAAGGGCUCCACAUCACAUUCUUAAUUAGUUAAAAAAAAAAAGCAACCAAAACAAUGAGGCAGAAUAAGAUUACUUAUAAACUGUGAAGAAAACAUGGCUAUUAUGGCAGAAGUAUAUCAUGACAUUUGAAGAUAUUUUCAUGUUAUAUAUCUCAUAAUAUAUGCAUGCCGUUUUAAAAAACCUUUGGAAAACUGUGGUUGCAAAUUUUACUAUUUUACACUCCAGAAUUAGGCAGAGGCCUACAUAGUGUUCCACUCCUGUCAGUCAAGAACAAGAAUCCGAAGCUUCAGUGACCGUCCAGUAUCAGUGAGCCUGUGCCCUCUGUAGCCUCGGAUUCUUGUUCGUGACUGACAGGAGUAGAAACCGAUGUGGUCUUCUGCGGGUAGAACACAUGUGCCUCACGUUUUGAAAUAUUUUGCGUUCUGAGACACUUCUGCUCACCAUGGUUGUAAAGAGUGGUUAUUUGAGUUACCGUAGCCAUUCUCUUCUGACCACUCUCAUCAACAUCAAGUGUUUCCACCCAUAGAAUUGGAUGUUUUUGUUAUUUUUUCCCCCACACCAUUCAUUCUUUGUAAACUCUAGAGACUGAAAAUCCCACAUUUGGCUGAUUGGAUAAUUGCAUGAAUGCACAGGGGUACAAGUGUUCAUAUAAAAGUACCCGGUGAGUAUGUAUACAAUGGUAUAGAGAAUGAUUAUGAAACAAAGUGGAGACCAAACAUCAUUUCCAAAAUUUUUUAAUUCAUCUCUUGUAUAUACACUUUAAAAAAAAAAAAAAUUAACACAACCAUCAAUAUAGUCACCAAAAAGACCUGGGACAAAACUGACAACUGAGAAUCAAUGCAUUAGCAGUAUUUACUUUUUCUAACCUAAAAGUUUAAUGCUGAUUUAAUAAACAGGUGAAGUGUUCAGGUUUUAAAACAUGCAGAGAACAAUGCAAGUAUAGCUGGAUUUGAGUGUAUUGUGACACUAGUGGUACUUUAAAACCUGUUGUGAUUAAGUGGUUUAUGAAAAUCAGAUUAAAGAAAAGGUUUAGAAAAAUUCAUGCACUCAAGUAUCAAAAGUAACAUUAG